GUCCACCAGAGCAGAUGGGAAGCCCAAAUACCUGAGGUGUCCAUCAGUCAGUGAAUGCAGCACAGGCUGCCGGAAGUUUCCGACACUGAAAGGUGUGUUAAUGUCAGAGCGCUGGCCGUUUCAAAGCUUUGUAGAUACCUUGUUUUAGAUGACUUUAUAGAUCAUCCUCCAGCGCUCAGGUCAUAGCUAAACAAAACCAAACCACGGAUAAAACUAUGCGCAUACUUUACAUACCUGUGGUAUAGAAUCAGUUUCGGGUAAAUAACAGUUUAACAAGAGUAUAAAACGAGCAAAACCUCUCCAAAACACCAGCAGUAGAAUUUUCGGAAUGAUUUCCUCGACUGUACUCCUGGCGACGCUGUGCGUUUUUGCGCAGUUGGACACUUUGGAUACUUUUACGCACGGCUGCCAGUUGCCCUCCGAGUGGCGACCGCUGAGCGAGGGCUGCCGGGCGGAGCUGGCGGAGAUCAUCUUGUACGCUCGGGUCCUGGCGAUCCACCGGGAGCCGCCGGCCUUCGGAGCUGGCAACGCGCACAACUCGCUGCCCUUCAACUACGGCUACUUGAGCGCGGAGGAAGGGCUGCUGUACUCGGCGGAGGUGGAGCUGCUGUGCGACCAGGCCUGGGGCAGCAUGCUGGAAGUGCCAUCCGGAUCUAGGCUCAACCUGACCGGGCUGGGGUAUCUGUCCUGUCAGUCCCACACCGUGAUGGAAAAUUACUCCUACUUCUUCUUCCUCAGGAUGGAUGAGAACUACAGCAUCCUGCCUCAUGGUGUGAACUUCCAGGAUGCAGUUUUCCCCGACACAGCCGAGAACAGGCGCACCUUCUCCAGCCUUUUCCAGUUUUCCAACUGCAGUCAAGGGAGCCAACCGUUCCACACCUUCAGCCCAGAGUGGGACACCCAGGAGGACAGCAGGCUGCUGUGCUCCUCGGUGCAGCUGGCUCUGUUCGAGGAGGAGGAGCGCGGCCGGAAGCUGCAGGAGCGCCUGGCCGGAGCCGAGAGGAGGAACCGGCAGCUGAAGGAGCGUGUUGGCAAGGUGAAGCGCUCCCUUAGAAACGCCCGCAAGGCCGCACGCAAGGCAGAGCAGGAGGCACGGGAGCUGCAGGAGAAACUGAGGGCAGCGGAGAGGCAGGCGGGGCGUCACCUCAAUGCAGUGACGCAGGAGGAGCUGUCACUUGGGGCCUUCACAGGUGCAGCGAUACGAGAGAGGAUGCAGCUCUGAUUUUUUUAUUAUUAUCUUCUAAAUGGACCUAAAACUUGCUGUGGAGGUGGUGAGACUGCUGGCCAGUCUUUCUGCCAGGGACAAAUACCUUUUCUGAAUGAAUACUCCAAAUGUUAAAGUAUUCAUCCAGAUAAUUUUCUUGUAAAUAAACUUCAAACUUCACAUGACUCAAAGCUAGUCAAAGUUUAUUUCCGCAGCUUCUCAUCUGUGAUCAUAGAGGGUGUUCUUCCUGAUGAUACCCAACAACAGUUCUUAUCUUGAUAAAUCCUUUGGCUAUGAUCAUGACUCACAAAUAUAAAAAUGGUUCUUUUCAUCUCUUUGUCUCUGAUUGCUAAUUGUAUUGCAUUGGGGUACUUCUUUGUUCGCUUUGCCUUCCAAGAUGGCGGCACAGGAAAUUAUGUUGCGUUCCAUUUGUAGUUGGAAAUUACAACUUCCCAAGUUGGAUAAAUCAACUGAAAUGCUUGUUGAAUUCAGACUUCCCACUCGGAAUGUGGGAGAAACUCCAACUACCCCCAGAUAGGAUGUUAGAGUCCUGACUUCUCGUUUCAAAAUGGCUGCUUCUCGCUUCAACAACAUUAAGCAUGUUGAAAUCCUGACUUCUCAACUGGAAUGCGACUAGUUCCAGUGUGACGUCAAACCCAGCUCCGUGUUUUGAUGUAAAUAGAGUGUAGCAUUAGCUGACAUGCUACUGCGAGCACAAAGCUACGUUCUGACAACAUGUCACCUGAAACAUGUAUCCUAACAUCAUGUAGUGCAUUUCUAAGGAUGUGCUGACCCGACACAUACAGCUACGGUCUUCAAUGAACUCAUAUCUUGUUCCUGUUGUUGAUGUUUUCAUGCUAGGAGCUUGCUAAGGAUCUAGGUUAAUGCUA